AACAAGAAGAAGAAAGGACGAUCUCCAUUAAUAACACUGCCUCAUUCCUCAACAACAAACUCACCUGUGUCACUGUGUGUCUGUGUGGGUGUCGUCAUCUUCGUCGAUUUUCUCUCUCCUCUUUCUCACUCUCUCUCUAAUUACAAGACUCCACGUUUUCCCAAAUUAUUCACUCUCACGACUUGUGUCGCCAAUUACUUCAGAUCCUCCCAAAUUUAAAUUUGUUUGUGUUUUUCAAAACCCCAUCACCAUCAACUCUACUCGGACUCCACUUCACUCUCUCUCUCUCCCUCAUUUCUGCUUCUGAUUGCAUUCUUCAAGCUUUCUCAGGAGGAUUUCUACUGCAAGUGAACAUCUAGGAUAUCACAAUGUUCAAACAAUCUCCUAGUAGGAAUAAUAGACCGAAAGGAAUUAAAGUGAAGCACAUUUUGCAAAUCUGUGUCUUGUUGGCUGUCUGCAUUUGGUUACUUUACCAAGUCAAGCAUUCUCAUGAGAAAAGGAAGGAAUUUGAGGCAAAGGAUGAGAAGGUUGUGGUGAAGGUUCAAAGUGAUAGUGAGAUCCAAAGAUUUGGGAGAAAAGAUAUUCCUAGAAUCACGGAGAUAGAUACAGACGGUGAAAAACAUGAAGAAGAUGAAGAUGAAAAAGAAAGCGAAGAGGAAGAUAACAAACACGAGGAGGAUGAGCCGGAAAGAGAGGAUGUCAGAAUUAUAGAGAGAGAAGAGGAAAGAGGAGGUGGAGAUGAUGAGAUAGAUGAACAUGAACCAGAAAAGACCGAGACUGAGUCUGAGUCUGACCAUGAAGAUGAAGCUGUAGAUGAAGAUAAAGAAAGAGGAGAAAAAGAGGGUGUCACUGAAGAAAGCCAUACUGAAAAUGAGGAUGUUCAUGAAGGACUUCCUGAAAAGGAAGAGAAUGAGGAGGAUACUGGGAAGGAAGAAGGUCACACCGAGUCUGAAGAAAAUGAUGAUGUUGAUAACGAAGAACACAGUGAACGAGAUGUCGCAUCAGAUGACCGGGAUCAUGAUGUAGGGAGAACAAACACUCGUGAGGCCCAAGAGGAGCUUUACAGGGCAGAUGAUGCUUCCAGUGAAGUUACUCAUGAUGUUCAAUCUAUUAUUCCAGAAACUAAGAACUUGACUUCAGGUCAUGGAAAUGAAAUGUGGGGAAAGGUCAACUUUGGGCAGGAUCAUGAAAACAAAACCUCUGAUGAUGCUGAAGAGUUAAACAAACCCGAGGUACAAUCAAGAGAUGGGGCAUCUAAUGCAACAAUUACUGAAUCAAACAACUACGAGGUCAACACGACAAAACCUGAUGAUAACUCACUUCAGAACUCAACAUUGCCUGAAAUCACUAGUAAUUUAACUGGUGUUGGUAGUGAAAAUUCUGCUACUUUGCUUUCUAAUGAAACACAGACGGUUCUUGAUUCCCAUUUAUCCCAAAAUGGCACAGUUAAAGUGCCUGGGGAUGAAGAACCAAACUUGCCAGGCAAUGUAUUGGAACAGGCUACAGAUGACAAGAGCCAGCAGGAAGCUUCAGCAGAUGCCAAUAAAGAUUUGAAUGUAAAUACCAAUAUUGGAGAAUCCUUAAUCUCGCAAAAUUCAACAUUAGCUUCAUCAACUUCUACUACAAAUGAUAAAGAUGCCAAAGAAGCUGCAAAAGAUAGCUCUGUAGGUAAUGAGAAUCAGGGAGAUAAAUCACAGAGCAGUGAAGAAACUGGCUUGAAAGAAAGUUCUGACGAGGGAACAGAUGGUAUUCAACAUGACCCUAUCGAUGCUUCUGAUACAACGACCCCUAUACUGGAAGAAAGAGAGUCUAGGACGGAUAUGGACACGAUGCCUGAAAUCAGAAGUGAGGUUCAGAACACAGAGGAAGCUGUGGCUGAGUGAUGCAGAUGAUUUUUCAAUUCAAACAGGAAGAUAAUUAUGGGACGGAGGGAGUAUAAUAAUGGAGCACACACCCGAAAAUCUGAAAACUGCUCGAUCUGUACACGUGGUCCUCUUUUUGAUGCUCUGUAAAUUUAUAAAACUCCAAUAAUAAUUCACAUGUUCAGCAAUCCAGAUUUAGCCUUGGAUGCCAUUUUUGGAACUCAUACCUCUGCCAAGCAACCUGGAUUUCUGCUGGAACUUUUAAUGUAUUAUUUUGCUGGUUUAACAAAACUAUGUUCUCUAUCAUAGUUUUCUGAUUUCUUUCCAUUUUCUGGUUUUUUAUAUUUGUUUUUUUAUUUUACCAUGUUUUAUUCAACUCUUUAGAUGGAUUCAACUCUAGUCAAUUCCUUAUGGAUCAUAUUAGACGUUGAAUGAUUUGACUCGGAAAAUUAGUUUGGAUUUUAUUCAGAUAUAUUUUCUCAA